AUGUCAUUUUAUGUAGAUACUCUGAAAGCAGAAUGGGCGAGAAGCAAUCCCGACCUGAGUAAGGUUGGCAAGUUGCUCACACAAACCAAGAUUUCGCUACUGUCCAUACAAGUGGCUCCUGGGUCCAGUCUACCCUCAACCGCAGACAUGCUACUUGCGAGAGAUGUGUUAGAAAUUGGUGCACUGUAUAGCAACAAGGCUGAAGAUCCCAACGCAUUCGAAAGAUAUUUUCUUCAGCUAAAAACAUACUAUUUUGAUCUGGUCAGCAUACUACCUGAAUCCAACAAUAAGUGGGAGAUUGUCGGUAUGAACUUGAUGCGACUACUAGCAUAUAACGAACUCAGUCUAUUUCACACCGAACUAGAGGUGUUGGACGUCAAUGUUCUCAAUGAUAUACGCUGUGUAGCUUACCCCGUCGCCUUGGAGCGGUAUCUCAUCGAGGGAGCCUAUAAUCGCAUUUUCAAAGCUAAAGCUGAGUUGCCUUCGCCUGCCUUUUCAUUUUUCUUUGAGAAGUUGGCCGUAACUGUCAGGUACGUAUACGAAAUUACCCGACACUAA